UUUAGAAUUUGCAUUUUUUAAACCGCAAUCCCAAAUAUCCAACCAUUUGUUAAUUUUUUUUUUUUCAGGUACACGCAUGGCUUCAAGGAUGUUGUGGGCUUCAAGGGCUGCCUCGUUCCUCAGGGUCUCAGCGUUCCAAAGAGGCUUUGCUUCUGUUGUGGAGGAUUUUAUGUACACGGACACGCAUGAAUGGGUGAAAGUUGAAGGGAAUUCUGCUACUGUUGGUAUAACUGAACAUGCCGAAGAUCAUUUUGGUGAUGUUGUGUAUGUUGAAUUACCGGAAGUGGGGGCCCCUGUAACACAGGACAGCAGCUUUGGUGCAGUUAAGAGUCUCAAGGCUACUCGCGAUAUAUAUUCUCCCCUUUCAGGAAAAGUGCUUGAAGUUAAUGGAGAGCUCACCGACUCUCCUGGUCUGGUUAACACAAGCCCAUAUGAAAAAGGAUGGAUAAUUAAGGUAGAGGUGAGUGACACUGGUGAAUUGAAGAAGUGGAUGGAAGCAGAAGAGUACUACAAGUUAUGUGAAGAGUUGAAGAUCAUGAGGGACACAAGGAUUCGUCGUGAAAGAGCUUGUAGGUGUUUUUUGUCGUGAAAGAACUUGUAGGUGUUUUUUUUUCCAUGGGGGGUUUGUUUCAGGGAUAAUCAUUUGACAAAUCAAGGAAUCCAAAUGGUGCACACUGCACAUUUCUUUCUUUCUUUCUGUUUUUAUCCAAACAUGUGCUUUCACUGCUCUCCAUUUGUUUCUUAAGAAUAAUCAUCAGGGUUUCCACUUUUACCAUUGGUGCUGCUCUGUUAGGUUUGGGGUUUGAGAACUAUUCUAAUUAUAAUGGAAUUAUUUUGUGGAAUACUUUAGAAAGUUGGAAGUUAGCCGUACAAAUUGUGAAA